AUGAAUAUGUUGGAUAAUGAAGAUGACCAAAGCUUUCACGCUACGCGUGACGGCUACUCCCAUUUGAGCGAUGUCGAAUGGGAUGCGGUUGAACGAAUGGGUUCGACCAUGGGCAUCCAUGCUGUUAGCGUCAUGCUAGAGGCUCUCAAUAGAGAUGCCCAACAUGCUACUAUCGCCAAGUUCAUUCAAAAUGAACUUGACGCUGAACGCGAGAAAGUAGCCUUGCUUCACCAACAAGGUUCUCAACAAGCGGAGUUGUUGAGAGAACAAGGUGCUCAACAGUUUGAACUGUUGAGACAGCAGCAGGCUGCUGCUGGCGGGUCGAUGCACCCGCUUCGACCCGAAACCUUGAAGAUUGACAUCUCGAAGUAUGAGGGAGUCGAAGAGGACUCCCUCUUGAGAUGGUUCGUCGAAUUGGAUGACGCCAUAAGGGCGCGUCGCAUCGACGACGGGGAUAUGCAAGUUGCAUUUGCCCAGUCAAAUCUGGCAGGACGUGCCAAGACUUGGGCACUGGGGCUCAAGCUGCACGACCCAUAUGCAUUUGGGUCGUUAGAAGUCUUCAAGUCGCGGCUCAGACAAACGUUUGAACCGCCUAGAGCUGAGUUCAGAGCUCGAACCGAACUCUUGAAGCUCAAGCAGGGUAAGCGUGAUGUGCACGCUUACGCUCAACACAUACGACAUCUCACGAGUUGUAUAAGCUCCAAUCCGGUGGAUGAACACACGUUGGUUUCGGUGUUCAUGCAGGGUCUUGCGGAUGGUCCCGUCAAGACUCACCUGUUCCGGCUUGAACUAGAUUCACUAGAACAAGCCAUUUCCAUUGCGGAGCAGGAAGACUUCAGUCUGAGACAGGCUCGCGCCAGCUCGACAUCAUAUCGUCAACCGAGACGAUAUGACAACGGAGGUCCAGAGCCGAUGGAACUCUGUUAUGUAGAGAGCGAGAAGGCUCGCUCUACAGGCUACAAGAAGUAG